AUGGAUUUCAGGGACUAUGGGGGCAAGACGCGCUUCAGCGGCAAAGCAAUCACUAUUCAGUGCCUGGAGACCAACCAGGUGCUUCGCGAGACAUUGGACGAGGCGGGCGAGGGACGAGUGCUGGUGGUGGAUGGGCAGGCUUCAAAGCGCUGCGCUCUGCUGGGCGACAUCCUCGGCGCAAAGUUGCACCGUAACGGCUUCUCGGGAAUUAUCAUCAAUGGCUGCGUGCGCGACACGGAGGACUUGGGAAAGCUUCCUGUGGGCGUGAAGGCGCUGAACACCUGCCCCGUCAAGCCGGGGAAGGCGCCUGUAGGAACCAAGGGCGAGCCAGUCACCUUUGCUGGCAUCACCAUCAACACGGGUGACUGGAUCUAUGCCUGUGCAGAUGGUGUGGUGGUGUCCAAAGAGGAGCUGGUGAUCUGA